ACGCGCUGGGCGCCGCGGGAGCGCCGGGGGCGCGGCCGGAGCGCGGCGGCCGCAGGAACCCGCGAGCGCCGGGCUGGCGGCGCGCGGAGUCGCCUCCUCGGCCGCCUCUCCCUGCGGCGGCGGGCUCGGAGUCCCGGGCGCGCGGCGCUGGCGCCAUGUACACCUUCGUGGUGCGCGACGAGAACAGCAGCGUCUACGCCGAGGUCUCCCGCCUGCUGCUGGCCACCGGCUACUGGAAGCGGCUGCGGCGGGACAACCCCCGGUUCAACUUGAUGCUGGGCGAAAGGAACCGGCUGCCCUUCGGGAGACUGGGUCACGAGCCUGGGCUGAUGCAGUUGGUGAAUUAUUACCGGGGGGCUGAUAAACUGUGCCGAAAAGCUUCCUUAGUGAAACUAAUCAAGACGAGCCCAGACCUGGCCGAGUCGUGCACGUGGUUCCCAGAGUCCUAUGUGAUUUAUCCAACCAAUCUCAAUACCCCAGUCGCUCCGGCACAGAACGGAAUCCACCUCCCUGUCAAUAAUACGAGGACAGAUGAAAGGGAAUUCUUCUUGGCUUCUUACAACAAAAAGAAAGACAAGGGAGAAGGCAACGUUUGGAUUGCAAAGUCGUCAGCAGGUGCCAAAGGUGAGGGCAUCCUCAUCUCCUCGGAGGCUACAGAACUUCUGGAUUUUAUAGACAACCAGGGCCAGGUGCACGUGAUCCAGAAGUACCUAGAGCGCCCCCUGCUCCUCGAGCCCGGACACCGCAAGUUUGACAUUCGGAGCUGGGUCUUGGUGGAUCAUCAGUAUAACAUCUACCUCUAUAGAGAGGGAGUGCUUCGGACUGCUUCAGAACCCUAUCAUGUUGAUAAUUUCCAGGAUAAAACCUGCCACUUGACCAAUCACUGCAUUCAAAAGGAGUACUCGAAAAACUAUGGCAAGUAUGAAGAAGGGAACGAAAUGUUCUUUGAAGAGUUCAGUCGGUACCUAACAAGUGCUUUGAAUGUUACACUGGAGAAUACUAUCUUACUCCAAAUCAAGCAUAUAAUAAGAAGCUGCCUCCUGAGCGUGGAGCCCGCCAUCAGCACCAAGUACCUCCCGUACCACAGCUUCCAGCUCUUCGGCUUUGACUUCAUGGUGGACGAGGAGCUGAAAGUCUGGCUCAUCGAGGUCAACGGCGCCCCAGCUUGUGCUCAGAAGCUUUACGCAGAGCUGUGCCAGGGCAUCGUGGACAUAGCCAUAUCCAGUGUCUUCCUGCCUCCAGGGGAGGAGCAGCCGCCGCUCCCGCCAGCCGCCUUCAUCAAGCUGUGACGCGCCUCUGCCACCGGAGCAACCCUGGGGGUCUGCCUGCAGCGGCGGGUGGCUGAGUGUCAGGCCCAGAGCUUGGGAGCCAGGGGACGUGAAGAGACGGAGGGCAGCUUCCUCCCCAAGCAAGGCUUGGGGGAGACGGGCCAACACCGACUGAGAUUUGAAAACUGGGGCAUUUUUUCUUCAAGGGGGAGAACAAAAUAGAACAAUAUGUUCUUCUGGGGGAGGGAGGAGCGGACGGACCGUGAGACUGUCCCGUCCUUUCAAGCAGCACCAGAACUACUUUCGCAGCAGCCUCCCGGGCUUGUGGCCCACCGCGCCGCCGCCCAUAGGUGAUAUUUCUUCUGCCCGCUGCAGCCUUAGUGCCUUACCCCCCACCCCCCAUCCUACGCUACCCUUCAGUUCUGGGGCACAGAUGGGAUGUUAGAACAUUCUGGAAGUUGCUGGUGUGUUCCCUGCUCAGCCCCCACCCCCAACAUGAUGCAGCACCGCAGGAAUUGGGACAAGCAUGCACCAACAGCCCUUGGCCUUGUGUGUCACCUUACUCCAGUCACCUAGAAGGGUUGGGGUGGGCCAGACGUGAGGCCACAGAGGCUGCCCGUGGUCUGCUCCCUGCAUGUGUCAGACACUGUGCAAAAGCCCGCCUCCAGCCUCCGGGCAUCCAAUAAGCAUGAGAGAGAGAAAACAGGGCGUUUGCUAUCUUGCUUAAGUGGAGAGGGUGGGGCUUUGAGAUUUGGGUCUCAGUUCUCUGUGUUUCAGUCUGAACCCCUUUUUCUCUAAGCUCCUUUUCCUCUUUUUGUUUGUUUUGACUUUAAAACAAACCAACAACAACCCUCUGGUGUGGGUCGAGGAAAAGGUAGCACCCAACUUCCUGGCUGUGCUUCCUGGUUGGCAGAAGGAUCUUCCUGUGAGACAGAGGGACCUUCCCUCAGGCACAGGGGAGCUUUGGGCCAUUUAGUUCUCCCAGACAACUUCUGCAGACCCUGGCCGGCAGAUUUCAUAGCGGGUUUGGUGAAGUCUAUCUGCUUGAAAGGGCUUCCAAGCUCCACAUAGUAUCUUUUUUUUUUUUUUUUUUUUUUUUUUUACUUUUUGGGUCAUACUCCUGGCUCUGCACUCAGGAAUUACUCCUGGUGGUGCUUGGGGGACCAUAUGGGAUGCCGAAAAUCAAACCUGGGUCAGCCACGUGCAAGGCAAAUGCCCUACCCGCUGUGCUAUCACUCUGGUCCCCGCACCACAUAGUACCUUGAGUCAAUGAAGAUGAGACCUCUUGUCCACACUGGACUGACAAAUAUUCUGUAGACUUUUCAGGAGGCUGGCGCCUGGGCGUGAAAACAGGAUGUCAUUAGUGGAAAUUAAGUGGACCCUCCUUGGACACAGAUCCUCAGCUGAUCCCGGGAGAGGGUCCUUUCUCUCCCAGAAUGUGGGGUGUUUUCUCUCCUGCUCUUCCUGUCUGGGUUCCGUUCUGGAUCUCUGCUCAGUGCAAGAAACAGUGAUGCAGCAGUCAAGGGGGUGUUUUUGAAAAGGAAACAAGCCCCACACAUACCUUCUCCAGCAUGGUGAGGCAUGGCAGCUUACAGUGAAGGAAGGAAUAAUGGAAAGAAUUGUUAAAUAGGAAACAGCACUAGUAUGGGAAGGAGAGUGCUUGCUUUGUAUGCAGCCAACCUGGGUUCCAUCCCAUGGCACCAGUAUGCUCUCCCAAGCACCACCAGGAAUGACUCCUGAAAGCAGAGUCAGGAGUAAGCCCUGAGCACCACUGGGUGUGACCCAAAACAGAACGAAACAGAUUGUUGACUGGGUGUAGGGUGUGAAGGCAUACUGUCAGGGUGAGUUGAGGAAGACUCAGUUGGCUCGGGCUGUGUGGGAAAAUGCUUUUACAAAACAAAAGUCCUAGCAAGGGAGUGCCCAGAAUAGAGAAGGUGAGAUUGGCAUCAAGAGCAGAAUGAAAUGAUGUGUGGUCAGGGUCAGUCCUGGAGGCCCAGGACAGUCAAAGGCAUUUGGGGGCUUGUGGGCAUUUCACGGGAACCCACAGCUCUGGAGAAAUGUAGGAAAUCGGGUUCUUGGCAGGCUCUGUGUAAAGACAGAUUUGUGACCAUCUCUUGGGCUCGUGUGAUAGGCCAGGUCGAAUCUGGACAAUUCUAGAAUUAUCUGGCUCUCACAGUGCUGACUUGGAAGCCAGGCAUUGAAGUCUUAGGACCUUGACAGAUUUUCCGAGAAACAGGAAUCCAAGAAAAUGAGUCAUAGGUGUGAGCAGUCAGACCUUUGGAAAAAAGUCGUCCCGCUCAUAGUGUUGUGUUGGGUGCAUGUUUCCAGCUGGAUGGUACGUGGGAUGGUCAGCACAGAACUGGCCCAGGCCCUUCCAUGAUGCCCUCUGCGCAGGCACUCAGCCCUCACUCCCUACUCGCUCGCCGUGUGUGGUCCAUGUUGUGUAGCCCAUCGCUGCGGGUGGGGGGGGGUGUUGUGAAUUUGUGGGUGUGAGUUCCCAACUUGGCUCUAUCUUUGGGCUGCGUGGCAUUAGAGGAGCCUGCUAGCCUCUCCGUGCCUUAGUUUCUUACCCUGUGAAAGAUAUCAUUGCCUGACCCAAAACCUCAGGGGCUUUUGGUGAGGACAGGUGAAAUUAGGGAGACACCAGAACCUUCAGUGCCAAGGUUCAUCAUGCAGACCAUCUGCUGGAAAUCACCGGGCAAGCUUCAUUUGUUUGUUUGUUUGUUUGAAUGCUGGCAUCUGCAUGUUUCCUCCUACCCCUGAUGAGGGAAGUCGGAGUCUCAGACCUCAGCAUGCUCUGAGACAUCUGCUCAGGAAGGAAGGACAAGCCUUGUCUUCAAAGAAUCAAGCCAGGGUGAGGGCUGCAAAUUGGCUUCUUUGGAAAGGGUAGGCACUUCUUCAGAAUGACGAGGUUGACAUGUAUUUCUGCACUGUCUAAUCAGCUUUUCUUUGCUACUCAUUGCCGCAUCUGGAAACAUAAGGCAUGCUUCCAGUCCCACCAACAGUCCAGGAAUCCUUGACAGCAAGAGUAAACGGACGUGAACUCAUAGACCCACUGAAGGGGUGUCAGAGUUACCCAUGAAUCAUGAGGAAAGCCCCUUCUCACACAGAAUGCCUGUGGUCAGCACACAGUCCAUUUUCUCCAGACCGCUGAAGUGUCUCCAUGUCCCUGUGGUGUGUGUGCUACAUGUGCCUCAGAGGGAUGAUGACCAGGUUGGGGAGUCUGAGAAAGCUGAAGUGCAUGGGAUGAGUCCAGCCCACAGGAGGCAGUGAAGUAGCACACAGGGACUUGGCAGGGGAUGGGCUUGCAGUGAGCAUGGUGGGCACCUGUGCUGAAGAGGGCAGGUGGCAGUGGAACUCCUCCAACUGGGGUGCUCUGGAGAGAACUCAGUGAUAUCUCUGUCUCUGAUCCUGGAUAUAAUAGAUGCUUUAGAAGAAAUGAACUUCUGAAGCAAGGUGAUUUUAUGAAUGUCUAAAAUGCCUGGAGCAUUAAAGUUAACAAUCUUUCA